AUGUGCGGAUACGAUGGCGGUAAUACUUGGUUUCCUUACCAUUCGCUCGUUCCCGCAUUUUUGGCGCGCGCGCUCAACUUCACUCUCUUCCACGAGUCGCCGUCAUCUGCUACAGCCAUGUGCUCAGCCGUGCAGAGUCCACGGCAUGCGAGGCCACCACCAAAACGCGCUCUUGAAGAAGCCGACCCAGAUCGCGCGUCUGACUUCGACAGUAGUGAUUUGGCAGGUGCCCCUCCACAAGUGUUAAGCUUCUUGAUCGACUUGAGAAAUAAACAAAGCAAAAGGCCGGAUCACCCAGGCGGGAAUCCAACCAAGACAGAGCCCAAUCGGCUCGGCGAACUUGUGGACUUAUUGACAACAGAGAUCCGAGAAUCAGUCACCAUACACAAAACCCCAGACACAAGCCAUCUUUCCGACAUUCUUCAUAAGCUCCAGAGCCUUGCAGCAAGUCUCGUCUCAGCCCUAGAUGACAAACAAGAAGCCUCAUUGUCAUUUGAUCAUGAUACUGUCCUGAUCAGCGGAGAUCGCCCAGAUCCAAACCAGGAGCAGCUGCUCGAAGAUGUUGGGUCAGUUGUCGAAAAUGAUCAAUUUGAGGCUGCGCUGGGAACCCGUUUUGCGCCAAUCAAUGUUGAUUUGCUCUCAGCGAAAGACCGCAUGGCCACUUUCCCAGAUGUCCUCGAGUCUGGUUUAGAGGGCCUUGAGAGGCGAAUCCAACUCGGCAUUCAUGCCUGGCCUGACAAGAACCUUGCGCAAUUCCGGCCUGGCCAGAUGGUGACCGCAGGAAUCCUCAAUGAGCUUUUGUUGAUGGAUCUACCACUUCGUUAUUCCUUGGGGAUCCCAGCUACAAGAGCCAAAAAAUUGCGAAAGACAUGUUCUGGUAUUGUAUUGACCUACUACGUUGAUGUUAGCAACCAGAUGUCUACAGUUGAAAGUGAGAAAAAUCACUUUGUGAUCUCGAUCAUCAACUUCGAGAACAUGAUGUUCACGUUCUGGAGAAUGAGCAAUGAGAAAUUCCAAGAGUUAAAAGUUGAGUACGAGGAAGCACUAGACCUUCGUCUUGAAGGAUCCAGUCACAACCUUGGCAAUUACGAUGGGAAUUGCUGCGUGUUUCGAUGUGCCGAAGCUAUGCGAUCCUAUUUUAGCAUCGAUGCUGGCGUCAUACAAGAUGAAAUCUCUCUGCGCCUAUACUUUCUUAAACGACUGAUCGAGUCAUGGAGUGGAACGACCCACGAGGCUGCCAGCUGUCAAGCACCGAACAGUGACGGAUCCCUACCUUCAGACUCUAUUGCGCAGGUGACAUGGGAGCUUGGUGAAGACUUUGACCCCGAUUCUGAUAUCAACGAUCUCGUUACAGCAGCGCAACUCAGCCUCGAUUGGGCUCCACAUGAGGGUCUCGACAUUGUGGAACCGACUGACGGAUAUCUGCCGCAAACUCCGUUGCCCAGUGAGAGAAUAAACAACCAGGCACUUCCCACAACGUCCGGAAAUUUUCUGAUAAGUUUUUCAGACAGACCAGAGAGGGCCUUAAGGAGACGCCUUUUGGAGACGGAUGAGACGGAGAUCGAGCUCCCGCGGAAGCGAAAGUCUACGGAAACCCCGUCCGUCAUCGAUUCCCUCAUGACAGCGUUGAUCGAUGAUGGCGCAUCCAGGCUAAGACACCAUAUCCUCACCUUCAACAGAGAUUCUCCCAAACUCCCGAACUCUUGGGACGAGAAAAUAAGCUGGGAAGAGCAGACUGCUGACAUUCUGAAGCUUGCCUCAAAGUGGGAAGAAUCGUCAGAAGUUGCUAGCUUAGUGGCUCUGGUAUUGAGAGUUUACGGUCUUGACUGUAUGGUCGCUAUAGCUCGAAGAAAUGCCAACAUAGCCGAAGGCCAACCGGAUCCUCCAAUAUCGACGACGGUGGCGGCUGAGUACCUGUGGCGAGGUCGUAAAGAAAGACCUACGGAUCAGGCAGUUCGGUGGAAUUAG